AUGAUAGUAAUUCUUGUAUUAGGUACUUGUAGAUAUAUUCAGAAGUUGUCUAAGGAUGCAAAGUCUAAGUACCUGUAUUUGUGUCCGUUACAGUUGGUGUUCCGCCACGCAUGGAUAUGCACGUUACUAAUCAAAUGGCAAAACUCCCAACUUAUACACAUAGUGUAA